UAAGUGAAUUAUGCAUAUUUUAUUAAUUUAUGUUAUGUCAUGGAUGGUGUGGCAGAAAUGCUAGGUACGUACAUACAUACGUAGGAUAAAUGACAAUGACGGCUCCAACGGCCCUUAGCUUAAAGCGGCGUGCCUCAGAUCAUCUAACAAUUUCAUCUAGUUAGUUAAUACAGGGCAUUCAAGUUUGUAUUGACCAACCCUUAUUUGGACUUUCCAUUGUAUCCAAAUAUUGCCUUGCCAGAAAUCAUGGAUGUCGCGUACAAACAGCAUGCCAACCAAGCGCGUCGUAAAAACAGAUCAUCUACGAACCUUCAACACUUGUCUCUCGCGCCGCUCACGUCUAAAUUACCCCUGACCGACCCUGAACACCUGCCUGACUUCGACGUGCCGUCAUUCCAACACAAUGUUUCCUACCUACAGGGCAAAUCCGCCCCUACGACCCCACGGCUACUCCAAUCUCCCCCCCGGACUCGAGCCAACUCCCCUAGCCGACGUCGAUCCUCGGUGCACGAUCCUCUAAGCGCGAAAUUUCCGAAGAGCAAGUCCACAACUCAUCUAGUUGCGUCAAACGCAAAACGCUCUGGCCUGGGAACGUUAUCACCACUUCCCCGGCAUCAUGCGCCGCCUAACAACAAAGAACGGGGAGACGACGACUGGAUUCUGCGUACGGGGGCAUUGAUCAGCUCAAAGAUGCGCGAGUCUAAGGGGCAAGCCUGGCUCGUCGAGAGGGCGAGUUCGACUAGUCUAACUGGCAUGCGUGACGUUGAGGAAGAGGCAUAUGAACGAGAAUUAGCUAGGGAGAGAGAACUCGCGAGCAGACGGAGCAGUCGACGGGGCAGUAUAGCAAGUGGAGAUGAUGAUAUCCUUUCACCGAACAGCCGCUAUGGUAGCCGCUCUCAGAGCCGGGCUGGGAGUAGAGCUCAUUUAAGGACACCCGUGGAGCGGCACGCACACGAUGGUUAUUUUAGCUACGACGUGUCACCGGAAGAUCACAUUCAAGGCCCGGAUUUCGUGAGCCUGGACGAAAAGCUCGAGGCCUUCGAGACGGAUACGAGCAAAUUAGACGAGGCAACUGUUCGGAGACUGGUCUAUAGGAAAAACGAAGGGGUAGGCUCAUGGGUCUGGUCCCUAUUCUCCGUUGAGGAGAACGACGAGGAAUCAGACACUGCCGAUGGCGAGCUGUCAGAUGGCGAAACCGAAGGAAGUCAUUUGCCUCGUAGCGCAAGCACAGUGGACUUUGAGGGUGUUUCGAAUGCCCCAGAAGAACGUAUUCCGCCUCCUAAGGCAGACGAAGGUGGUUGGCGAGACGCCGCGUGGCUUUUGACCGUGGCGUCCAAAGUCUUGCUUUAGAACCUGAGACAAAUUCCGAUACGAUGUUUCAGGAACAUGAGGAACUAGAAGAUCAUUGCACUUGCGCUGCGUGUCAUCUUUUAUAAGCAGGCGAGAUAUGCGAUAUUGACAGCUUUCACGUUUAAGAGUCACACUGCAGCUGUGCUGAAAAGUCAAUUCUACAUUUCUACGACGGGGCCUUACCCCCUUGGCUGUCAGAAACGGAAAUAUAUGAGCCAAGCGAAGGACCUCGAUAUCUUGCUGCUAAGAAUAGAACACGAGUUUUGUAUCUGAUUAUCGAACAGUACAGUUUCAUUGAUCUGGAAGUUCACAAAACGGCCAGACCCGGUAAUACUAAAAACAGUCUUGGAAUCCAAAUCCCAUUAAGACCGUUAGUUGGCUCUACCUAAGCUUCUGGAAAAAAAACAUUCUACAAAUAAAAAACAAUGGGAGUGCUUGCUCAAGGUACAUACAUGCACACGUUGCAUACACAUGUGCCCGCUUCGCUUACUCCUUGCCUACCAUAUGUAGUGUUUCUGCUCGACUAUUUGUAAAAU